UUCGGCCAUCGAGGCGUCUUAGGAACGAAGGAAAAAAUGAACUAAAUGGAAACCGCAAAAUAUUGUUUAGCGAUGUUCAUGAUAUUGUGUCUACCGUUCAUGGAUACAAGGAUGUAGCUAAACUUUCCAAAGCAUUGAUGGAUCCACCACCAGCGCAGAAAUCGCGGAGAGGCGAGAAAACCUCUAGCCGGCCGUUCUAUGCGACCGACGGUCAAACUAGUGCAAAGAUUAUCUCUGAGGCUAGGUCUUCCAUUCGUUCUUUGGAUACGAAAAGGCCCUUUACACCAGUGGAAUCCAGCAGAACCUUAUUCAGAGGAAGUGCCCCGAAGCCUAACGAAGGAAGGCCACCGUCUGCUUUCAGCUUAGGUAGCUACCAGUCUGAAGGAGAAUCCUCCCGUCCUCCGUCAGGGAGAAGAUUAACUCCUAUUGAUGAUGCUCUGCGGCUUCCUGGGGCGCCAGUUCCCUCCCCACCCUCUGGUGUGCCCAUAGGUAAAUCAAGGAGACCCCUAAGAUCGUCUUUAUCAGGCCCUGGUGAAGACUUGAAUGCUGAAAAGCUCAGCCAGAAGCUUCAUAAAGCUGCACUAGGACAAGGCAAAGAUGCGAGAACAGAACUUUCCCCAUCACCUCCAAAAAGAGGCUCUUUUUCUGGGACUCCACCUAUUAUGGGUGAGCCUUUGAGGCGUACGUCAUCAGAAAUAUUACCUAUCCCACCAACAGUGUCAAAAGAUUUGGUUGGCUCUAGGAGAGUUAGAAGUGGACCGAAAGAACGCAGUUCUCCUGUUGUAGAUCCUGUCAACCGUGUGAAAAGUGGUCCUCUUGAGCGAGGUGAUCCUGCUGGGGUUGGAAAUGAACGAGCUGAUGCUCAGAGUUGUUCAUCUUCAGACCUAAGGAAAAAAUCAGCUGAGAGGAGUGGUAGUGGUGAUAAAAGGAGAAAAAAAUCUCAAGCAGAUGAUGAUAAACCAAAAGAUGAACUUGUUUCUUAUUAUGAAGAGAAUGUGAAGCCACUACUCAUGCAAAUGGAGGAAAGGUUUGCAGAGAAAAAUGUGAAAGAACUUUGUCAAGACUGUUUGAAAUUAUGGAAUGCCUUAGAAAAGAAAGGCUUAAUUGGAAAAGCUGGGGGCAGUUUUUCUGCAAGAAGAAGAGGAGAAAUUUUACGGACAGUUUUUAAGUUCUUGGAUCUCAGUGAUCCAAGGUUGCUGUUAAGACUCGGCAGGUUGAUUCUUGCGAUGAAGGUGACUGGGAACAAUUUAACCAAUGUAUGCAUGGUGGUUUACAAGGUGGCAAAAACAGAGAAAAAUGAUCAGUUAUUUCUGGAAGAAGACAUUUUAAAGAGUCUGGUAGACACUGUUAAAUGCUGUGAAAUAGGAAGUCAUCAUGAUGCAUUAGUUUACACUGCUGGAGCUAUUAAACACCUCUCAAGCAAUAAUCCCAUAGUUCAAAAGGAGUUGGUCUCUCUGGAUGGGAUUGAGGGUUUGGCACAAAUUCUUGACACCAUUAGUAAAGAUGUGUUAAUGACCAUGAAAGGGAAUUCACAGUUUGCCAGUUUGCUGGUUCAGAUAACUGGAGCAUUGAGAAACCUAGCUGAUGUCAUAGGGGCCAGAGAGCUGUUUGUUAGCACAUGUGUAGUUAGAAACUUGGCAAUAGUUUUGGGACCCUAUUCAUUUGACAGUGAAGUGGUGUGGAAUGUAAGCCGUGCUUUGAGUAAGCUGACUCUGUACACGGAAUGUUGCAGUGAAUUAGUAGACUCUAUUACUUGGCUUGCAGCACUGAGUAAGAUCCUUUCAGACUAUGAAAAGAAACAGGAAUUGGUGGUUCGUGUCUGUUUCAUUCUUGGUAACUUGACAUCCAAGAGUGAGAAAGUCAGAAAGGCCAUUUUCUUUGAUGAGGCAUUUAUGGCUGUGUUACUCUCUGUUAUGCAGUCGUACUUCAACCUUGAGCUGGAGGUGUUGAAAAAUGGACCCGCAGUUGAAGAAAAAAGGCUUAAUGGAGAAAACAAAGGUCCCAAUAAGAAUGAAGAAGUGCUGAUCAAGGUAAGUUUUGAAUCACAUCUCAGAUGCAGUCUCGCAACUGUUCCUCUUUCUAUAUGCAGAUGUCGCGACUGUUCCUCUUUUCUGUUUGCAGAUGUAAAGGAUGCACAUGUCAGUGAAGAACUUGUUCUGAACACAGUUUCAACUCUGAACAAUUUGUCAUUUUACAAUAGUGCUGAAAGUGUUGUACAGCAGAGACAAGUUGAGAUUACGGAGAUGCUUCUUUCGUUGUUAAUGCCAGACAACAUGGAUGCUAUGGUGGAAGCAACUCGUGUGUUUGGGAACUUUUCUCGAACAAAAGAAGUGAGAACUUUAUUGGCAGAGCAAAAAGUUGAUGAAAUCAUGAUUGCUCUAUUGGAUGCUGGCGAGAGGGAAACAGUGUUUACAGCUUGUGGUGUGCUUAUCAAUCUGAUGAUUGAUGAGAAUAUCAAACCAAAGCUGAAAGAGGAAGAUGGAAUUAAAAAACUGGUCGAUGUGUUGCGUGACUUUGGUAAACAUGAUUGGCAGCUGUCAAGUAUGGUAUGCCAGAUCCUAUGGAACUAUAGUGACAAGAUAACCAGCUCAUCAGAAACAUUUGGUGACCAGGAAGCACUAGAAUUAAUAGAUAUUCUUACACAAUAUUUAGAUGAGGAUAUAGCUCUUGAUUCAAGUGAAUUAGAUGCUGUGGAAUCAAAUCUUCCAGAUAUGUUGAGAGAAAUGUGGGAAAGCCAGUUUGUCCCCGUUGGGCAGCACCUGCUUCACAGAGUAAAGUCACACCAUACAGACCUUGUACCAUUGGAGUCACCUAGUAGCUAACCAGUGUGGUGCUUACACCAGUCUUUUCAACGGAGACUGAGAUAAACACACAUCAAACUACAUGCAUCAGAUGGAUUUCUUUGAAGUAGCUGCUGAGAAAUUCAGUAACAAACUGCAUUUUCUUGUGUACAAAUUUAUUUUCUGCAGUUACACAGCUAUACUGAAGUAGAUUGGAACAGUGCAUGUAGAUCUCUACCUUCAAACCAGUUUUAUUCACAAGUGGUGUGUAGUAUAUCAUUCAAGAAUAACCAUGCACCAUAAUAUCCUUAAUCUCAUCCCAUACAAAAUGUUUUUAAACACAUCUGCAUGGGGUAUUGUUGGGAUUAAAGAACUUUCGAUGUAAGCAUCUGUCUGAGUGAGGAAAAGUAGUGGCAAACCAAGACAUAUGCAUAAGGUUUUCUCUCUGUCAAACUUAUCAUUUGCACUUUGUUCUUGCAUAGAUGGAAACAAAAUAGCCAGGAGAGACAUUUCUUUGUGGGAAAUUGGAUACUGAUCUGUGGUGAGGUUGUAAGAAUUCCCCUCACCCCCCAAGAAAUCCUGAGAAGCUUUUUGCUUGUCUAGUUUAUUGAGUAAGGUUGCUAAAGAAGAUAGUAGCCAUGGAACACAGCCCAUUUCUCAAAAUUAAUUUAUUACCAUCAUUUCUACAUGAAAGAGCUACUAUUUUGUUAAUUAAGAUUUCCUCUGGACAACUUGUAAAUAAGGUAUUGGAAAGCAGAAGAGGAAAUUGUACAUGUGUGGUUUUAUGUAAACUUGGAAACAAUUUUAUUUAUUAUCUUUAGAACAGUCUGAAAAAGAGAGAAUUUUAAAUAAAUAAAGAGAUCAAAUACC